AUUUUCGAGACCGCCAGCCAUCAUAAGGACGGGAGUUAACGCUAGGCUGAGCUUUGCGCUCCGGCGACAACUAAAGAGCAAUCAUGACGAGGGGAAAUCAGCGUGAGCUUGCCCGCCAAAAGAACGCUAAGAAGCAAACUGAUAGCUCCAAAGGGAAGAGAAAUGAAGAUGGCCUCUCUGCAGCUGCCCGCAAGCAAAGAGAUGCUGAAAUUAUGCAGCAGAAGCAAAAAAAGGCAAAUGAGAAGCCAGAACCAAAAGGCAAAUAACCAGAGGACAACAGAGUUUUGACUGAAAUGGCAUCCAAGAUCUUUUUUUCUUUUGUCAAGACAGAGUAUCUUUCAUUGUGUAGAUGUGGAGAUUUUGAUUCUAUAAAGUUUCAUCCCAAACUCCAUAAUGUGCUUGAAAGGGCAUAUCAACUAUACAGUACAUAAUGAUUUAUGUUCCGCUGCGGAGGAGAGCUUUUCUUAUGUUCAAAUAAUCAGAGCAGGCCCAAAUAAAUGGGAGUCUCAAAAUGUCUGGACCGGCAUUGUAAUCUUGUAUUUUUGUAUCAAGUGCCCUUCUGAAUAAAAUGUACAUUUUAAUUCACAUCUAGCGAUUAAACGGUUGUCUCUAUAAUGUUUUAACCAUUAACAACUUUCUUUCCUUUGAUAUACAGAAUGAUCUAUAUUGAAUUUCAUUAUAGAUCAUCCAUAGAAUAACCAUAGAAUUGUUUAAAAAAAGUCAUUACAGUAUUCAAAUUAUAGCUUCUCUGCUAUCAUUAUUGGUAUAAAAAAUGCAUUUCACUUAUUCUUUUUCAUCUGUUCAGUAUCUCCAUUUUUCUAAUCAUUUGUCUUCUUUUGCUAAUUCAUCUUCUAUUCUUUAUCUGUCCUUAAUCUCUGCAUACACCGUGAAUCAGCAUGGACAUAAUGUCUUAAAGGUUUGACGACCAGGGGUUUUUAUUGAGGAAGCCUGUUGUAUCUACCACUUGGUGUACAUCGAUAGAUUCACUGUAUCUUCUGUCCUGCUGUUAUACUCAUUUUUCCAUUGUUUUGCUUGGACGGUGAGUGCUUGGAGCAGUUUCAUUCUUCUGGUUGUGAAAUCAUCAACAUAGACAUACUUCAUUAAACUUUGCAGUUAUCAUUGUGCAAGGAUAUGAACAUGUUACUCUAAAUUUGGUAAAAUGAAGUCAAGCUGGUAUCAAAGGUUUUCCAUAACUGUUGGCUAGUGUAUUUUGGAAUUGCCUUGAAAAAAAUAAAAGAUGUGUAUGGAGUCGAUCUAGGGCCAUAUAUAAUUGCAAAAUAAAAGAAAGUUUGGCAAA